CGGGGCGAGGGGGGGGGCAGCGCGGCCGGGCCCGCCCCUGGCGGCGGCGGCGGCGCGGCCCGGCCAUGAGGCUGACGCGGGCGGCCGUGCUGGCGCGAGCCAAGGCCGCUGCGCUCGACGGUGUCCGGCGCCUCAACUGCUGGGGCAGCCGCCUGACCGAUAUAUCGAUAUGCCGGGAUUUGCCCAACAUCGAGGUGAUCACGUUCAGCGUGAAUGGCAUCUCAGACCUCGAGCCGCUGAAUCAGUGCCAGAAUCUGAGUGAACUCUAUCUGAGGAAGAACAACAUUGCAAGCCUAAAUGAGCUCUUCUACCUCAAAAACCUACCCCGGCUGAGGGUCCUGUGGCUGUCUGAAAAUCCCUGUUGUGGGUCGGACCCCCACCGCUACCGAAUGACGGUGCUGCGUAACCUACCCAGCCUGCAGAAGCUUGAUAACCAAGCUGUGACAGAGGAAGAACUGUCCCAGGCCCUGGUUGACGGCGAGGAGAUCACGGCCCCACCAGCCAGGAGGAGCGUGGAGAACGGCUGCCCCGAGGCCACCGAGUCCAGCGCUGCUGAAUCCACGACGGAGACCGAGAGUGAACUGCUGAACUUCAGUCUGGAGGAGACAAACAAAAUUCGAGAGGAGCUUGGUAUGAAGCCUGUUCCCAGGGAUAAAUUUUCCUCCUUUUCACCUCGAGAGACAGACUGCAACCGGAAGAAGAGAAACAAUGUCCUGAAUGCCAUCCUGCUUCUCAUGAAGGAACUGGACGCGGAGGGUCUGGAGAUUGUCCAGCAGACGGUGGGGAGGAGGCUCCAGGCCUUUCGGAAGAAGGAGCUGCAGGAGGAGUGAGCUUUACAAACCUCCCUGGAGCACCAGCCAGCCCCGCAGCACCGUUCUGCCCACACGUGCCUGGCUGCAGCCAAAGCCUCCGUGUUUCCUGCUGUGCUUUCCCCGCGGAGGGGCUGGGACAGGCUGCUGCUGGCUGCUCCCCCCACCCCGUAGUAGCUCCUGACGCAUCACGCUGGGGCUGACCUAGCCCUCGGGAGCUUUCCUGCUUGCCUAGCAGGCUCCCUUCAUGUUUGUUUCUCCUGUCGCUGGGGCUGUUUGAUGGGAGCUGCAGGCAAAUUGGCAGAGCGAAAGGGAGCGGGGCUGUGGUGCUGUGCAAUCGAAGGGGGAAGGCAAAGCCUGCUGACGGCCACAAAGGUCACUACUGCUUGUCGGUGUCUCCCUGUCAGACUAACCCUCAGCCAGCCUCUGUCCGUGCGUAGCAGGCUCCGAAGGGCAGUUUCUGCCACAGAGAUUUGUUGUUGUGAAGUCUGUCGGGGAGACGCUCCCUGAAACGAUCGCCAGGAACUGUCUGGCACAGAUUGUGAAGGUCAAUGUUGAAUUCUUCCCUUAUCUUCAACUCCCAACUUCUGAUCCUGCUGUUAGCGCAUGCAGCAGCUGACUUGGUGGUCGGGCAGCCCAAACUAAAGCUAGGUGCAGCCUGGGUGAAACAGAGAUUAUUAUCUCCCAGAUCCUGAACGCUGAGCUGUACCCUCACCCUGACAUGCCCCUGCAGGCGUUAGAGCAGCUUAAGGAAACAGAGAGUAAAAAGUCCCUGUGCAUUCUGCAGUUAGGAGAAAACAAGCCAAGCAUUACUGUCUGGUCUGCCCAGGCAUCAGGGGUGGCAUUUCUUUUUCACUGAAAAAAGCUGCAUUUACUAAGAUUUUAUAGAGCCAUUAAAUACAAACUAAAACGUUGCGACAUACCAAAUAAAACCAGUUAUCCCUCUAGGACGUGUAAGUUGUAGCUGGGGUUCUGCAAACGUAGUGAGAACAGCUGACCCUGGGCAUCGCUCUAUUACGUCUGGUUCAGGGCUUGCAUUGUGAGCCCUGCGGAGCAGGGGGAGGGCUGUGGGCCCCUGCACCUUCCCGCUUCACUGGACCCGUGAAAUGGCUCGCCGGCGCUGGCUGCCAUUGCACCGAGCUGCUUUUCAAAGGCACUGUGCUAUUCGGCCACCACCUCUGCAGCCCCCCAAGCCCACACCGAGCGCGGGAAGGGAAAGAGAGGGCGAGCAAAGCUGGCUUGCUCACGCAGAACUGCGCAGCCUGCCUGGGCAGGAGGAUGGUGACACCGGUCACCAGCCCUCCGUGCCCCUCGGCUGCGGCGUGGCCUUUCCCUGUCCCUGCUCUCCCUCUUGAAGGUGUCCGAGCCCCUGCGUGCUGGGUGGGAGCGUGCCGCAGCCCCUCUGCCUGUUUACUUAAUGGGAGGGGGCACAGCUUGACCCUCAUGAGUUGGGUGAAGAUUGCUGACGCUUUUAACUCCUCAGGUGACCUAGUUCUUGCCUUCUGCAUUAAACCCAGCUGCAUUUAA